CAUUAAGAUGUUGUUGCGUUAGCGACGCUUUGCAUAUUAGACGACGGGAUGGCUGAAGGUCACGCUGUUUCCACUCAGACUGUGAUAUCUCUUCUGCUGAUUUGCAUGAGCACGCGAGCAAGUCGAAUAAACGCUCGAAGAUACACGAUGUUAUUGCAAUAGCAAGCAUUUGCAUAUAAGACAACUCGUUGGAUAAAGGUCGUACCUUUUUACUCUAGCCGGUGUCGCCUUUGCAACUCGAAGACAGGAAAAAUAAUUACUAUGCGAUACAUGUUGCGCCGCAGGAAAAAGAAGAAGAAAAAAAGACGCAGUAUACUAAUGACAGCCACCUCCAUGCUGACUGCUUUGAUUUCUGAACAGAGCGAGCCAGCCCGGGUAAAGCCGUAAUUACCUCUCAAGGAUAAACGAUAAUAUCACUUUCCUCAUCACGUCUUUGGGGCGAGACGGUCGACGCUGCACUCUCAUAGGCAAACGAAGCGACUUCUAUAUAAGACGGUUCGUCCGCAACGCUUUCCGGACUGAGCUGGAAUGUCAAGUGAAUGCCACUUGAUUGUUUUCAGGUGGAUUCACUUGACAUUCCAGCUCAGGUUUUUCCGUGCGGGUGUUUGACUGGAAAAGCAGACUAAGGUGAGUACAUGCUUUUUUCUCUUCUCUUGUUAUAAGUUCUUCCCCUGUGAGCGUGCAAGGUCACAGCCAUUUAUGGAAUGCAUGUAGGUGAAAGAAAAAAAGAAAUGAGGUUCAUUCCUUCCCGCUGUCGACAUGCAAUCUUUGUGAUUUUAAAGUGCACCUUCUUAGAUCAUCGCAGUAGAUGAAAUGAAAAAUAAACGAUUGCAAACAGUACAACAUUAUUUUUUUAUUUAGGACAUUGCAUUGCGUUGUAUGUUUUGGAGGACAUUGCUAAUUUACAAGUCGGCUUCACCUAACUUCUACGUGCGUUGCGGGAAGUCAACGUUAGGAAAUGCUCAGUCUUGCUGGAUUGCUUGUUUCUUUGCAUUUCAAUUCAGCGGAACGGUGUUUUUUCUAAUUGUUUGACUUUGGUUCUUCAUAAAACAUAUUUUCCAGUUCAUCGUCUUUGUUGUAACUACUCCGACGAGGUUGAAGGGUCAUCUCACAUUUUGGGCUUGUAAGAUCGACUUCUUCUAAGCAUUUUUUUAGCUUCUCUUUUUCAUUUCAUGUUCGGGUAACAACAGAACACUUCACCUGCACGUCAAUGGCAAACAGGUCAGAAAGAAAGGAAUGUGUCUACCUUCAUUUGUGAGAUGUAGCUAGUCUUCACCCAACUCCUACGUGCAUUGGGGGAAAGCCUACUUUAGGAAAUGUUCAGUCUUGUUACUGCAUGUUUCUUUGCAUUUAAACUUAGCGAAACGGUGUUUUUUUUUUAUCGUUUGAUUUUGCUUUGACAUAAAACAUAUUUUCCAGUUCAUCUUCCUUCUUUUGCUGUAACUACUCCGAAGAGGUUGAAGGGAACAGUUUGAGAUCUUCCUUGACAACAAGGCAAAAAUGUGUGCUAUACAAUGGAGAAGAGGUGGAAAACUUUUUUUUUCAAGUUAAUCCACUCGGGAUUCCAGAUGAAGAUUUUUUUUCUCCGUGAGAGUGUUUGACUGGAAAGACAGACUGUGGUAAGUACAUGGAUUUGCCCUCCUCUUUUGCAAUACAUAUACUAUAUAUAAUGCUUUUCUAUGAACAUGCAAGUCAUUUAUGGAAAUGCAAAUAUGAGGAACGACAAGGUUUCAUGCCUCUCGCUUUCAGUGGCGACAUGCAGGUCUUUGUGAUUUAAGGAAUGCUUUCCUAGCCCAUCACAGGAAGUGAAAACGUUUGCAAACAGUUAAAUUUUUUUUUUAUUUAGAUACAAGGACAGUGAGAUCACAGCCCUUUUAGAUAGUGAGAUUCCAUAGCCAGAGUGAUGUCGACCAAUUGUUCUGCCAAGAGAGUAAAUGUUGCCUGGGCAGCGGCGAAGUUUUAACUCACGUUCUAAGCACAAACAGCAUACAUCUGAGCAUUCGUUAUCGUAAUAGGUCCUUGUAAGAUUGGCUGUCUCUAAGCAUUUUUGCAGCUGGCGUGUUUCGUUUCGUGUUAGGGUAACACCAGAACGCUUCGGUUUACCGUUUUCACUCCAAAUGCGUACCACAAGCAAGUCAGAAGGGCACGAAUGUACAUAAACAUAUUUUUCCAGUUCAGCUUCUUUGCUGCAAUUGCCCUGAUGAAGCUGAAGGGAAGAGGAUGGAAGCUUCGUUAGCUCGAUGAUCACCACAACAAGCAAAAACGUGUGCCACACAACGGAGAAGAGAACACACAAACAUCUAUCCAUGUCUGUUCACUCACAAUGAAAUGAGAGGGCUUAGUACAAAUGUACAUUUUUAUUUCCCUGAUACAUGAGCGGUGAUUAUUUUUUUUAUGCUCCAUUGUGCACCAGUCGAUGUUUGAAGAGGUCAAGUGUUAGCUUGCUGAUGUAGCCUGUUAAGUAGUGCCAACCUUCAGACUCGGCUUGUUCCAUGAAACAUAGACUCUCGGCAGCAAGAUGCAUAGCGUCAACCUCGUCAGCAUAUGUCAAAAUUUCGUCCACGUGACGUGACCAUUCAGCAAGUAAGGCAAAAGUUUUCCAAGUAACCCUGUCAGGAGGUUGAUCUGGCAGCGCUUGAAACAACACCAUAUCCGUCACAAUUUUAAAAGCUUCCACGAGCGAAGUUUUGCCUACUUGUGUUAACCCACAUUCCAAUAUCUCUUUGUAGGAGACGUGUUUGAGACGACACACAGGCUGCAUCCGAAAUUCGUGUGUGUAACCUCUUCUCCAUCUGCCACACACAUCUCUACCUAGCACAGGCUGCUCUUCAUCUGCGUCUGAUGAUGACAACCAUGCGCCAUCAAGCCGAGGAUCAACCUCAGGCCAUGUUGUGUCAUCGGCGGCUGACUUGUCUUGACUGGUCAUUACAAACCAAGUUCAUUCUAUACAGCAAGAGGAGAAAGCAAAUUGUCAACAUAACAGCGAAGCCUCCAUAACACAAGUAAGCUAUGUCAUCCGUCAUGGAAAAGUUGGAUAAACUGAAAAAAUGUGGUGACGGUGAAAUUCAGAAAAUGAGCAACAUACCCAAAAACGAAAAGUUCGAAGUGCUGGACAUUCAGAAAAUUGACACUAUGUAUGGCGAGGCCGUAUACGUGGAGCUCCGCAUGGAAAACGACAAGCCAGUGAAAGUGUAUCUACCUGGACGCUUCAAAAAAUUGUCGGAGGAAGAGCUAGAGGAAAUGCGACUGCUUCCAAAUCUCAAAAUGGAGAAGAAAGAACGGUUUACCAAAGAUGGUAAAAAAGUCAUUUCGCCAGAUAUUAUCUUCACCAAUUCGAAGAGAAAGUGAUGAGAUAUGGUGACGUGUCACUUAUGCUCCCAGCACGAACGGCAGUAUUAUGCAACAGCAUUAGGUCUUCAGAUUCACUUGGCAAAUGUUCACAAUCUUCAAGCCCCCUGCAUUCCUUUUUGUGAGACUUUGUGCACACUGCGAAACUAUACUAAUCGGUUCGAGCUACAUUUACACGACAGGGACGUUAGCGGACAUGAUGUUACAACCUUUUUUCACGAGUACAGACAGUACAUUGCUGAUGUCUUACGACACUUUGGUUUCCCACUGCGCUAUUUUGUAUUGCUUAAAGUGGAACUUGGUCGUCACACGCCAGACGAUGAGUUACAGCUCGAAAUUAGUUUCGUGCCUUCCAAAGUAGUGACAGUAUGGUCAGAGGCAGAUGUAGAACCUUCUAUCACUCAAGUGACUGCUGAAAUAGCACAAAAUUUGGAAAACCUCGAAGUAGAAGGUUCAGGUUUUUUUCUCUUUCGCAUUCAUGCCUGUAUCAUGAACAUUGGACGUUUGAUGCCUCAACUGAUUGGAUGUGCCCAGUUUGAGUUACCGCAAGAAUUGAAGCAUAAGUUUCGUUCUCUGUUGUGUGUGGACUUUGGUUUGCAUGAAGAUGAGCAGAACAUGUGUUUUGCCUUCUCUGUAAUAGCUGCACUGCAUCCUGCUACUGGUUAUCGCAGGCGUAGGGCAUCUUCGUACAGACCAUAUAUUUCUGAGUAUGUUUUUCCGAAAACAUUCCCGGUAGCUUUCCCAAAAGAGGUUGAAGCAUUCGAAAAAAAUAAUGGUAUCAGUAUCAAUGUGUACGCCUACGAAAGGGAAGACAAAUCUCUGUACCCCAUCAAGGUUGUCGAUGACGAGCGUGAGAAACAUGUGGAUCUGUUGCUAAUCGACUCUCAUUUUCUGCUUAUCACAAAUUUUAAUGGAUUAUUUCAACCUAGCGGACGGUUUCAUUGCAAGAGGUGUAUGAUGGGCUUCUCAUCAGACAGAAUCCUCAGUGAUCAUUUAAAGAUGUGUUUGCAUCAGAAGGUUGCUAAGACAAUUUACCCUAAGAAGGGAGAGACGGUAGCAUUUGCCGGGGAACAUCUCAUGUCGGAAGUCCCUUUCUACUGUGUAUAUGAUUUUGAAAGUGUUUUGUCACCUUGUUUGGAGGAAACAAACGUGUAUGAGGAUCACUGUCCUUCCUCAUUUUGCCUUUUGGUUAUACGUGCAUCCGACUCACACGUGUUGCAAAAGCAUCUUUUCCGUGGUCCUAAUUGUGUCACAGUAUUUAUGGAGCUGCUGCGGAAAUUGCAUGACGAAAUUUUAGGAUGGAUACAUGCUUUUGCACCUCUAGAAAUGACUGAAGAGAAUGAGCGUCAACAUACAGCAGCCACUCAUUGUAAUAUCUGCAAAGAAUCCUUUGCUAAAAGACAAAAAGUUCGAGACCAUGACCAUGUAAGCGGAGAAUUUCGACAAACACUAUGUCAGACGUGUAACCUGAAACUGAGAGUGCCACCCAAGAUUCCAAUCAUUGCACAUAAUGCUAACUAUGACAUGAGUUUUCUCCUGUCUCAUUUACAUCUGCUUAAGAAGUCAGACAUCAACGUGAUUGCCACCAGCUGUCAAAAAUUUAAAGCAAUUGACAUCGGCUCUUAUCGAUUCUUGGACAGUUUGAGUUUUCUGAACGCAAGCCUUGAAACACUGGUGAAAAAUCUACGUGAUAAAGGUGAAUCCAACUUUCAAUGCCUUCGCCAGUUUUUUCCAAAUGAGGAACACUUUCAGCUGGUUGUUCGUAAGGGGGUCUUCUGUUAUAACUUUGUCACCAGUUUUGAAGCCUAUGAUGAGCCUUCGCUACCACCUCGAGAUAAGUUCUUUAACAUUUUGAAUGGAACCGAAGUAAGUGAACAAGACUACAACCACGCGCAGAAUGUGUAUGAAAAAUUUCGGCUCAAGAGUCUUGGAGAGUAUUCGGACUUAUACCUUCUGACAGACACACUGCUUUUAGCAGAUGUGUUUCAGAACUUUCGAAAGUGGACACUCGAUGUGCACAAGAUUGAACCGUUUCAUUUUGUAUCCCUUCCAGGAUUAAGCAUGUCUUGUGCACUAAAAAUGAGUCAGGUAGAACUAGAACUAAUUAACGACCCCAACGCGUACCUGCUCAUCGAGAAUGGCUUACGAGGAGGUGUCACACAGUGCUCCCUGAGAAAAGCAACUGCGAAUGUGCCAGGAACAGAACAGUUUGAUCCCGAAAAAGAAAAAAAAAUAAUUAACUACAUUGAUGUAAAUGGCCUGUAUGGAGCAGUCAUGAGAGAACCAUUGCCUUACGGAGGAUUUGAGUGGCUCACUGAGGAGGAAAUUGUUAACUUGGAUAUAGCUCAGAUACGAGAUGAUAGCCCUGUGGGUUACUUUCUUGAGGUAGACCUAGUGUAUGACCGAGCAACUCAUGAACACCACAGAGAUCUUCCCGUUGCCCCUGAAAAAAUGUCCGUUCGUUAUGAGCUAUUGUCAGACUAUCAGAAGGCGCUCAUGAAGAAGUUCAAUCUUCCACAGAAAGCUACCGAAGCAAAACUGUUGCUAACAUUAUUUGAUAAAGAGAGGUACUUUCUCCACUAUCGCAAUUUGCAACUGUAUCUGCAAUUGGGGUUGCGUCUCACUAAAGUUCACAGGGUUCUCAAGUUCAAUCAAAAGCCCUUUCUGCGAUCCUAUGUCGACUUCAAUCACGAACUUCGGAAGCGAGCUACAAACGCAUUUGAGAAACAGCAAUCAAAGCUAAUGAUUAAUAGUGUAUAUGGCAGGACAUGUAUGCAAGUCAGGAAAUUCGUAAAUUGUCGCCUCACAGUAACAGAUGAGCAAGUGUUGAAGCUUCUACGUAAACCAAACUUGAAACAGUUCCGCCCUCUGAGCUCUCACGUCAUCUUGUUCCAAUUUAGUCAGUCUGUUCUUCGCAUGAAGCAACCGCUGUACCUGGGCUUCACAAUAUUGGAAUUGUCUAAGCUGAAGAUGUUUGAUUUUUAUCAUAACCAUCUUCUCCGUGUAGCCCCUGAUACACGACUGCUAUACAUGGACACUGAUUCUUACAUUGUGAUGCUGAGUGACGAUAAAGUACUCCACGAACUAGCUGACGAGCAUCUAGACAACUCUGGAUAUGACCCUGAUCACCCACUCUAUUCGACAAAAAACAGGAUGGUACUAGGAAAGUUUAAAAAUGAGCUUCCUCGUGAUCACAUUCUUGGCUUCUGUUGUCUGAAGCCAAAGCUGUACGCCCUCGAUCUGUGCAGCAAAAAGCAGUACAAUCGCGCUAAGGGUGUUAAACAAUGUGAAGCACAAAAACUCCACUUCUCUAUGUAUACGAAUGCUCUCGAGCAGGGCACAAUGCAUAAAGUUAAACAGAACCUCAUUGUGCACAAGGACAAUGUCAACAAAAGUGUGUCAGUGACAAAAAUAGCCCUCAAUCCACUGGAUACGAAACGCUUCAUUUGUGAUGAUGGAAUUGACACGCUACCUUUUGGCUAUGGUUGAAUUUUUUUAAUGUGUACGGAUUGGUCUCUCUAAUGAAGCGAUGGUGUUGGGGUGUGCACCGUCACGAGGUUUCAUUACAGAGUUGGCAUACGGGAGUAGGAGGGAACUCAUCUGUUAUCACCCCCGCAACAGAUGUUGCCCUUCUAUUCCUGGUCCCACAGAAAAAAAUUGUAAUAAAGAUGUUACAUCCAUAUAGCUAUGGUUUGUCAUAUAUUAGAACAAUGUCAUGUUAGAACCAUGAACUAAAGCUAUUGCAUUAUUCCACAUCUAUGGUUGUCAGUGUGGGAUUACUUACAACUGUGAGUUAGGAGCUAGAGGAUAUUUGUUAGCCACGAGUGAUGACUAAGCUGAGACCUGGUUUGAUGAAUUUCAUGUCUUCCUGAAGUAAUGUGUAGCUCUUGAUGUGAGUGAAAGAGAGACAGUUUGCUUUCCCAUAUUGCUGCAUGCAUUUGCGAUGGAAAUAACAACUGACUUUGUCUGCAAGUCACUGUUUGUAAAUGGACCGUCUCAGACGAAUUUGAUUAUAUGUGUGUGAAAUAACCUGUUUUCUAAGAAUUUGAUUAUAAGAGUAUGUGAUAACCAGUUUCUAAUAGCAUGUAUGUAAUCUAUAACAACGUCUUUGUUUGCAAGUCAGUGUUUGCAAAUAGCCUGUCUCAGAUGAGAGUCACUGUUUGUAAAUGAUCCGUGUCAGAAAAUUUUUGAUUAUACAGUCAAACUUCUUUACAACGAAACUCAGGGGACAGCAAGAAAAAUUCGCAGUAAAGGUAUUUUCGUUAAAAAGGAUGUCCAUUAUUGGACCUAUAGGGCUCCAGCAGGACCGCAAAAAAAUUGCUGUAGUGGUAUUUUCGCUAAAAAAGGUGUUCGCUAUAAAGGAGUUUGACUGCAUGUGUAUGAAAUAACCAGUUUCUAAUAGCAUGUAUGUAAUCAUCAACAAUGUCUUUGUUUGCAAGUCACUGUUUGUAAAUAGCCUAUCUCAGAUGAGAUUUUUUUUUAUUACCAAUGAUUCAUUAUAUAGUGUGCAAAUUAAGUUGACAAAUAAAGCUCUUUUCAGGCAAACUGAAAUUUUAUUGAAUGCUCAUAGUACACUACAGCAUGACAUAUCCUCUGUUUUUCUUGGGAAAUUUUUUCGAACAAGUGUUUCUAUCAAUCUGUCAUUGUGUCUGAAGUUGGUUGGUGAAAACUUCUGAGUGCACUCUUGAAGAGAGAAACCACAGGCUAGAAGACUACCUACAUACAAGCAGUACAGUCCACAUGUAGCAGAUCCAUAUCCCUGAAGUCGUUUUGCAUUGUAGUGAAAGGAAGAUGUUGGGUGAAUAAACUGGUAAAUUUCUUUGCAAACUGGUCGUAUGCCGUAGCUGUCGAAAUAAGAAAUGCUGUUGUUCUUAGAGAUGUAACAUAAGGUCCAGUGUUCUCCAGGAGAGGAUCUAGGAGCUGUGUUUACAACAUACAGCCCUGGUUCAGCUUUUUGACUUGCAAUUUCAUUGCAUGCAAAUGUUCCACGAAACAGUGGCCUUGUGCAGUGAUUUCGAGCAAAGGCUGCAUAAAAUUCCCAUUCCUCCAUUUUUUUUCUAUACGAAUUUGACUCGUCUGUCUUUGUUGAUUUCUAGCACACGAGGUGUUUCUGAAACAAAGAGAACUGUAACAGCCUCUGUAAGAUUUCCACCAAAUGUUAGGGUGAGACGAACAUUGGCUUGUACCACUGGACUCAGCGACUGCACUUCCACAUCUGGAGUGAGAUGGUAGUAGAGCAUAAACGUUUCUUUCUCAUAUGCAGCCGGAGCUAGAGGUAUGUCUUUCCGCUUCAGCUUGUGAAGCAAAUUCAUAUAUCCUUUAGAGUAGAUCGAUCGUUGAAAGUCAAAGUCAUCUGUGUACUGUUGUCCACCAACAUCAAGCACAGCUCUCUUAAGCUUGAAAUUUUCAAGUUUAAAUGGAUUCCUUUGUCUGUUACCCUGGUAGGCUUCACUUCUAACCAUCAAUACUGUCAGCUUUGAGGGAACUCGUUCACUGUAAAGGUCAUCGAAAAUCACUUGAGAUUGAUUUGGAGCAAUUGUCCUGUACUUAAUCUCUAAUCCUCGAAGGAGGUAUGAUGCUGGAGUUGUCUGAAGUCUUCGUUCGAUGCCGACGAGUACACUUGGAGAAACCUGCACACGUCGCAGGUACAACACAAUUCGUGAAAACUCUAUAGUGUGUUUUUCAGUCUCGCUGGCAGGUGCAAGAAGUCGAAAAUCAUCUGUGUUCUGACGAAGGACAACUCUUAUGUCGACUCCAUUGAGAAGAAACUUUUCCUGUUGACAUAUAUCACUGAAGAUAGGGGAAUAAAGAUCGCAGAGUGUCGAACCUUUGGUCCGUUUGUAGCGUGCAAAAAUUCCUUUUGCCUCAACAGGAGCGGCAAAAUUUUCAGAUUCUCCCACUGGAUCUGGUUCGUAGAGCAUUGCAGAGAGGGUGUGAGUUUGAGUAACAUUAUUAGCAUUUGUUAUUAUGUCCAAGUAUGAACGAUAUGCAUAAUUUUCGAAGUUAGAAACCAGUGUCGAAUUAAGGUAGACGUGGACAUGAUGAAAGAGCGAGGAUGCAAAUGCUUGCACAGGUAUCACACUAUCUGGUGUCACUGUACUGCCAACUGUACUUGAUGCUGUAUCUCCAUUUUUCCGUACAAUUUUGCAUUGAAUGUGUAGAAAACUAGACUGCAAGUCAAAGAAUCCACCUCCGAGACCUGGAACAUUAUAUUCGAUUACACCACUUGCUGUAGGGGCAGAAACUGGAAAAAACUCCACAUAUUCUGACUUCUCCAAGGAAAAGUUUGUUGGAGGAAGAGAAAACAGUUCCAAUUGGUUUGUGGUGCAGAGGCAGGAAUUCUUAUGUACUAUUGCGAUGCUAGACAUUUUCUGUAGUAAAAAAAUCGACCUUUCUUCGCUUCUUCAGGGAUUUUACUGACCGACCCACCCUCUUACGUUUGCUUUUAUUGUUGACAGAUUGUUUUCUUUUCCUUCCUUUUCCUCUGAGCCUCUGAAGCAACUCGUCACGUGUUGAAUGGAUUGUACGACCAACUCCUUUCCUUAGAGCUUCUCUAAACGUUGAUCCCUGCUUAACUUCUUCUGCUAUGUGUCGUCCAGUGUCGAGGAGCUUUCGACCCACGUAGGGAGCUACCUUCUUCGUUAGUAUAGGUAUAAACUGCUGCACUAAAUCAGAGAAAUAACCAGAUCCGACUUGAUAAAGAGGAGCUGAAUAAUGUGGCAGUGGUUGAUCACGUUUGCCCGUACCAUAAUGUGCUAUGCAACAGGGUGCCUGUGUUAUAUACAUUUUCGAAAAUGCAGUGUCACUCCAACACGUCCUGAGCCGGCAAUGAAUGGAAUGAAAUCACCUAUCUCGUUUGCCAGUUCGAUUUGAAUGGUGGUCAGUUCUUUUGCUAUCACAUAUUUAUAGUAAAGAUUAGUGAAAGAAUAUGAAAUCACUUCAUUCCGACUCUGCACUCUGAAAGGGAGUAAACGGAGAAGAGGUGCCGUGAUAUCACCGACAGCUUCAUUCUCGAUGAUGUCACUGUAAAUAAAGAUAUAAUUUUGUGCUGGAAAAAGACAGACAUCCCGCUGGGCUACAGCAAAACUUGAGAAGGUUGUCCUUUUUCCGAAUCCAAGCAUCAGAGCCAAAUAUGGAUGAAAUGUGACAUAACCCUCGCUACGACCUUCCAGCUGACAAACUCCAUUGUAUGGAUUAUAAAACAAAACACGUGCACUUUCUGGUAGCCCUAGCUUUGUUCGGUAUGCAUGAUUUAUUGCAUCAACUAGGUCCUUUCCCGACUCGUAAUACCCUUCUGGAAUUUCAUAUUUUGUUGUACGUGAGCGGUACGUGAUUAAAGUAAUUUUUUCUUCUGUAUCCUCUUGAUACUUCAAUACUUUUACUGGUUGACCUUCAUCCACUUCCGAACAUCCAAUAAUCUUUUCAGGAAAACCAAGCUUGGCAGAGAGGGCUAGGCUCAACUCAAGUCCGGUAUUGAGUGGCAGUUGUAGCUCAUAAUGUCCAGUGACACGUAGAAUCCUUGCUUGGCUUUUUAAAUGUUUCGUUAGGAAUUGUCGAAUUGGUAAGAUAAUGUUUUCUCCUGCGCGAAACUUAAUUUGCUCUGUUGUGAGUGUAGGAGCAAAGAGACUAGUUUCAGAUAUAGCGUUAACAGUGUCCGUGACGUUCUUAAUUGCAAACGGGACAUUCACCUCUGUCAGGGCAACUUCCCACUUCCCAUCUAAGUGCACGGGAUGAGCAAGUUUAACUCUGAACUUACUCAUCGUGUUAUUAGGAAAUACAUCGGUGGAAGCGUUUGAGAGUAAAUUGAUGUAGAACUGGUCUGCCAUUUUUUAUUGUUCUGACUAAUCUCCGUUUGCAUGCACCGUUUUUAUAAGACUGAGGCGCGUGCC